AUGGAUGUCAAAAAGAAAUGCUAUUUGUGUGAAUUUUGCAAAAAGAACUUCAGUUACGCUUCAAGAUUGAAAACACAUGUGAGGGUGCAUACUAAAGAGAAACCUUAUUCUUGUGAUCAAUGCAAAAGGACAUUUUCUGAUAGUUCAAAUUUGAAAAAACAUUUGAGGUCUCACACUGUGGAGGGACUUUUGAAAAGACAUUUAAGGACACACACUAAUGAAAAACCAUUUCCUUGUGAAGUUUGUAAAAAAACAUUUUAUGAUAGUUCAAGUUUGAAGUCACAUUUGAGGAGACAUACGAAGGAGAAACCGUAUUCUUGUCAUUUUUGUCAGAAAGCCUUUUCGUAUCGUGCAGCUUUAAAUGGACAUUUUAGGAGGAUACACGCUAAUGAAAAACCAUAUCCUUGUGAGUAUUGUAAAAGGACAUUUUCUCAGAAUUCAAGUUUGAAAAGACAUUUAAGGACACACACUAAUGAAAAA